GUGCGGGUCUGGAAGGCGCCGCGGCGGCGCGGGGAGCGGGCUGCAGGUGCAGCGAGGUGGAGCCGCUGUGCGGAGAAGGGCUGUCCUGUCUGCUUUUCUGCGCCUUGUCUCGGUCGCGGAGCGGCGAAUGGUUUCUCCAUUAGGGCACGGAGGGCGAGAUGAGGGGUCCCCCACUGUCGUUCUGACCCCGCCAUUCUGCUUCCGGUCCUCAGGCCCACCCGGAUCCCUUGUCCUCACUAGCUCGUCCUUAAAAGAUGCGGGACCUCGUGGGACAACCCUAGGCCGCGGGCGCGGGAGUGCGAGCCACGCUGCCGCAGCGUAGACCAGCUCUGCGGGGAACACGUGGCCGCUCCGGGAAGUGUCCGCAGGGAAUUGCUGUAGGGGUGCAUGGGUGACCUUGAGCUUGUAGCCCUUCGCUCUCGGGGCCUGCGCGGGCCCUGGUCUCACUGCUGAAAGGGACAGAGCUGUCCUCGACUCGGUUACGAGUGUGUCCUGGGAAUUUGAUGGGAGUUUCUGUAAGCCGUGCGUUUGAACUCUGGCUCUUCUUCUGUGUGGCAGCUCAGAAUGAUGGAUCAAGCCAGAUCAGCAUUCUCUACCUUGUUUGGUGGAGAACCAUUGUCCUAUACCCGGUUUAGUCUGGCACGGCAAGUAGAUGGUGAUAACAGUCAUGUGGAGAUGAAACUAGCUGCAGAUGAAGAAGAAAGUGUUGACAAUAACGUGGGGGGUAAUCAUGCCAGUGUCACAAAACCAAAAAAGCUUAAUGGAUUUAUCUGCUAUGGGACUAUUGCUGUAGUCCUCUUUUUCUUGAUUGGAUUUAUGAUUGGCUACUUCGGCUAUUGUAAACGUAUAGAACCAAAAGCUGAAUGUGAGAGACCAUCAGGAACGAAGUCUCUGGGGACAGAGGGAACAGAACCUUCAGAAACAGAAGAGUACUUCCCUGAAACACCUUCUCGCUUAUUUUGGACGGACCUCAAAACAGUGUUGUCAGAGAGACUGAGUAACACAAACUUCCUCACCACCAUCAGGCUGCUGAAUGAAAAUUCGUAUGUCCCUCGUGAGGCAGGAUCUCAAAAAGAUGAAAGCCUUGCUUUUUUCAUUGAGAAUCAGUUCCGUGCAUUUCUACUUAGCAAAAUCUGGCGUGAUGAACAUUUUGUUAAGAUUCAGGUCAAAAGCAGCAGUGCUCAAAACUCGGUGACCAUAGUGGGCACGGACGGUGGCAUGGUGUACCUGGUGGAGAGUCCUGAGGGUUACGUGGCAUACAGUAAGGCAGCGACAGUUACUGGUAGACUGGUCCAUGCUAAUUUUGGCACCAAAAAAGACUUUGAGAAUUUAAACUCUCCUGUGAAUGGAUCUUUAGUGAUCGUUAGAGCAGGGAAAAUCACUUUUGCUGAAAAGGUUGCAAAUGCUCAAAGUUUCAAUGCAAUUGGUGUCUUGAUAUACAUGGACCAGGCUAGAUUUCCCAUUGUUAAUGCAGAGAUUCCAGUCUUUGGACAUGCUCACCUGGGAACAGGUGACCCGUACACACCUGGAUUCCCUUCUUUCAAUCACACUCAGUUUCCACCGUCUCAGUCAUCAGGAUUGCCCAGCAUUCCUGUCCAAACAAUUUCCAGAGCUGCUGCAGAAAAGUUGUUUGAAAAUAUGGAAGGAGACUGUCCUUCUGCCUGGGAAAUAGACUCCUCGUGCAGGCUGGAGACUUCCCAGAACAGGAAUGUGAAGCUCACUGUGAACAAUGUGCUGAAAGAGAUAAGAAUUUUUAACGUUUUUGGAGUUAUUAAAGGUUUUGAAGAACCUGAUCGCUAUGUUGUAAUAGGGGCUCAGAGGGAUGCCUGGGGUCCUGGAGCUGCAAAGUCUAGCGUAGGAACAGCUCUCCUAUUGGAGCUUGCCCGGAUAUUUUCUGAUAUGGUCUUAAAAGAUGGCUUUAGACCCAGCAGAAGCAUUGUCUUUGCCAGCUGGAGUGCUGGAGACUUUGGAGCAGUUGGUGCCACUGAAUGGCUAGAGGGAUACCUUUCCUCCCUGCAUUUAAAGGCUUUCACGUACAUUAAUCUGGAUAAAGCUAUUCUUGGUACCAACAACUUCAAGGUUUCGGCCAGCCCACUGUUGUAUUCGCUUAUUGAGAAAACGAUGAAAGAUGUGAAACAUCCGGUUACUAAGCAGUCUCUUUAUCGGGACAGCAACUGGAUCAACAAAGUAGAGGAAUUUUCUUUGGAUAAUGCUGCUUUCCCUUUCCUUGCGUAUUCUGGAAUCCCAGCAGUUUCUUUCUGUUUUUGUGAGGGCACAGAUUAUCCUUAUUUGGGUACUACCAUGGAUGUCUAUGAGAAACUGAAACAGAAAAUUCCUCAGUUGAAUGAAAUGGCACGUGGAGCAGCAGAAGUAGCUGGUCAGCUUAUAAUGAAACUUACCUAUGAUCUUGAAUUGAACCUGAACUAUGAGAUGUAUAAUGACAAAAUACUUGCAUUUGUGAGGGAUAUGAACCAAUUCAGAGCAGACAUAAAGGAGAUGGGUCUGAAUCUACAAUGGCUGUAUUCUGCUCGUGGAGACUUUUUCCGAGCCACCUCCAGACUAACAACAGAUUAUAAGAAUGCAGAGAGAACAAACAGAUAUAUCAUGAGGGAGAUCAAUGACCGUAUCAUGAAAGUGGAAUAUAACUUCCUCUCACCCUACAUAUCUCCGAGAGAUUCUCCUUUCCGACACAUCUUCUGGGGGUCUGGCUCUCACACUCUGUCAGCUUUACUAGAGCAUCUGAAGCUGCGUCAGAAAAAUAACAGUGCUUUUAAUGAAACACUGCUGAGAAACCAGUUGGCUCUAGCAACUUGGACUAUUCAAGGAGCUGCAAAUGCCCUCUCUGGUGACAUAUGGGACAUUGACAAUGAGCUUUAAAUGUAAUGCCCAUAACUUCUCUAAGAACAUCAGGGUAGUGUGAUUUCUAGACUUGUGCUGGUUGUGCUAAAUUUUUAGUAGGGCUACAAAACCUAAUAUUGUUAAAAUUCUACCCAACCAUCUUGGUACUCCUAGAUAUCUUUAGGCAGCAGCUUUUAUUACAGGGUAGGUACCUGCACUUAAAGUGAAUAACGACUUAAAAAUGUUCAUAAUAGAAUCUUUUCUCUGAUCAUCUCUAAAAUUUUAAAUGCUUUGUAUGGUAACUGCCUCUUUCUUGUUACAGUUAUGAAAAAGUCAGAACCAGUUACAUGAAUUAUUGCUCUAAAUCCUAAGGACAUGAACUGCUAUCUUCUAAGGGGGAGGAGGAGGGUGGUACCUGCUGAAGGCUGGAAGUGGUGGCUUGGUGUGAUCCUCUGCCUUCAUUUGGUGCUGGAUAGGAGAUACCAGGUUGUAAGACCUCAUUCUCCAAAUGAGAUAUAUGCCUUCUUUAAGGAUUUAGCUGGUUUCCACAUCCUUGAAUGAAACAGUUAACUUUCAGAAGAGAUGGGACUUGUUUUCUUGCCCAUGAGGUCUGAAGCAGAGGUCCUUCAGUUGAAUAAAAUGAGGUUCAACUGUUUAUCACAGGAGUAAGGCCUUAAUGUGUUAACCUCAAGAUUAUUUAUGAAAAGAGGAGACCAGAAGCCAAAGACCUAUAUUUUCUUUUCAUCUGCCCCUCCCCCGUAAGCCUUUGUUCAUUAGUUUUUUGUCGUUUUUGUGUUUCCCGAAGUAUUUUGAAAGAGAACCAGCUUCAGGUGUUUAAUUUCAAACUCAGUUUGUCAGACGUUAAAGAACACACUGCCAAAUUUUGGCCAAAGUGUUAAUUUUUUGGAAAAGCUUUCUAUCAUUUUGGCACUGAGAUAUUUAUUGUUUAUUUAUCAGUGACAGAGUUCACUAUAAAUGGUGUUUUUUUUUAUAGAAGAUAAUUAUCGGAAGCAGUGCCUUCCAUAAUUAUGACAGUUAUACUGUCGUUUUUUUUUAAUAAAAGCAGCAUCUGCUAAUAAAACCCAACAGAUACUGGAAGUUUUGCAUUUAUGGCCAACACUCAUGGGUUUUAGAAAACAGCCACAAGCCAAAUAAAAUUUUAAAGCUAAAUAUCAGUAAAGAAUUCCAUUUAAUUGGGGGUUGCUAAUCAAGUUAGACUUCUGUUUAGCCAACCAGAUAAAAAUAGCAGUUCUCCUAAAGGGAAGGAAUUGUAACCAAGUCAUAAAUUAAUGUCACUUAAAGGCUUGAUAGUACUCAUAUGUGUGAAAUUUUACAGCUCAAUUUAUCCAAGGUGUAACUUUAAUUCGAAUUUUGCAAAAUUUCCAGUACCUUUGUCACAAACCUAACUCACAUUAUCGGAAGCAGUGUCUUCCAUAAUGUAUAAAGAACAAGGUAGUUUUUGCCUACCACAGUGUCUAUAUCGGAGACAGUGAUCUCCAUAUGUUACACUAAGGGUGUACGUAAUUAUCGGGAACAGUGUUUCCCAUAAUUUUCUUCAUGCAAUGACAUCUUCAAAGCUUGAAGAUCGUUAGUAUCUAACAUGUAUUCCCAGCUCCCUAUAAUUCUCUUUUAGUUUUAGUUGCAGAAACAUUUUAUGGUCAUUAAGCAUUUGGUGGGUGAAUUCAACCACUAUAAAAUAAAAUUACUUCCUUCAAGAUUCUUUGUUUUUAAACCUAAUGUAGUAUCUCGUUAUAUUUGUGGUUUCUCCAGGUCUUCUGUUUAGCGGGAAAGUAGUAUACAUUUAUAAUGUUUGCCGUUGACAAAUGAAUUUAACUUUAUCCCCGUAUUUGUAUGUUCUCUCCUGUAAACUUAGUUCAUACAAGUUGGAAUCCAGAAUUGACCUUUUAGCUUAAAUCAGGGGAAACUUGCGUAGGAGGCCUGGGGUGGGGGGGUGGGGAGUGAAAGGUGUAGGGAAGUGAGGCUUGCAAAAGGAUCUUUGAUCAUGUCUACCUACCCAUUAGUAUGUGGUGGUUUUCAGUUAAAUAUAGAUGUAAACAAAUAAAUUUGAAGCUACAUGAGUAAGACUUUAUUUUCUGGUCAGCCAUCAUUAUAAACCUGAUAAUCAGCUGUUUGUCAUAGGGCAGUAGUUCACCCUAAGAAAUCGUCACGUAAGAAAAAGUCCAUAGGGUCUCUUAAGGUUCCUAAACUUAGCGUCACCUGCCUAAGUUAGCCUCGAUCUAGAUGAUUACAGCCUCACUGAACUGCUUCACUGCUCGCAGUCUGUUUAGUCUUCACAGUGUUUUCUCUUGAACUGGUAUUUAGUGUAGCUGAGUGAAAAGGUCAUAGCUGAGAUCCCUGGUUUGGGUAUCAUGCUUUAUCAUACUUUAAUGAAAGCUCAGUAACUUCAAGACAUAAUAUGAAUAAUGGGCAUCCAUUUACAGCAAUAAAUCUCUUCAAAAACCUCUUUUCCAUGGUGAGGAUUCAGUUAUUUCUAAUCCAAAAAGCCACUAAGUGGUAAGAGGCUUAAUAUUCCUGAAUGAAAUGUGUAUCUGACUAGCAACAACCUGCUGGACUUCAGAUUUUUUCUGGUUAUAGAUAUCAAGUGCAUUUUGAAGGUAAAGGAUAAAAGAAAUGAGCUCUAUCAUGACUCACUGUUCUAGAACUUGCAUGACCUUUACUGUGUUUCCUCUUUGAAUGUUCUUGAAAUUUCAGUUGGCUAAACAUGGCUUAUUAGACUUGCCAACCUACUGCUCAUCUAUAUCUUUGUAAACAAGUGAUAUGCCCUUAAAAUUGUGUCCAAGCUGGUAUGUGCAACAGUGUGGAAAUCCCUUACCUGAUUUAAUAAAAAUGCUUGAACACUGA